CAGAGUCCCGUGCAUCCCGGAAGGACUGCAGAGUUGGGGAUUUUCUCCAUUUAGCAGACUGCUAUGGAGCAAAUAAACUCCUUUUUCAGCUCCCUCUGGAGCCUCAUCCACAGGAAACACGAGGAGGGCAUCUUUAAUACCAUCUGUCUGGCAGUGGUGAUGGGGUUGCCACUGGUGGUUUUGCUCGUCCUGCUCUUCAUCUGCUGCCACUGCUGCUGCAGCAGGCCUAACAAAGGAGGCAACCAGUCAGAAAGAACCAAGAAGAAGAAGAAGAAGAAGAAGAAGGAUGAAGAGGACCUGUGGAUCUCCGCCCGACCCAAGCUUCUCCAGCUGGAGAAGAGGCCUUCCCUGCUAGUGUAGCGGGAGGGAUAUUAGACCAGGCUGUUACAAGCCCUAUGGGCUUGGGACCUUUCGACUGAUGCCAAGGAGGGAAGACGUUCCUGAAAUGGCUUUUCUAAAACCCAAGAUGGCCAACAGAAGAGACUGCCACUUUCAAUCUUAGGUCCGCACAUGGGCAAGUGUGCAAAACUGGGGAGAAUAGGUGUGUAAGCAUGAGUGGGCCCUUGUACGUGGUUGGGUGUGCCCAAGCAGAUGUGGAUGUGCUCUCCGAGCUGCCUGUCUAGACACUUGUACAGUCUUGCUGCAAACAUAUGCGAACGGAUACAUUUCCAGCCGCGGAUGCCAGCGAUGUACACCCUCUGUGUACAAGACCACAGAUGUACUCACGACCUUUGGAAGGCCCAUGUUUCCAUGUGCAUAACCCCCAACGUCUAGGCACAAACAAGCACAUUUUCUGGAGCACGGAGAAAUGGGACAGGUCCAAUCCUGCUGAAUGUUC